UGACUCAAUUAAUAAGGGUGAAGUUUGCAUGAACAUAUUUUUCAUGAGACGGUUUACAGAGAGGAGAUAGAAUUUAGGGUUACUGUGUGAAGUGGAGAUUGUGUCUUCCAAUUGACUUGGAGUUUUUGGCAAAUAACUGCUUAUACAGUGUAAGAUAAAUGCUGAUACAAAGAUGGAAAUGAAAGACCUUGACCCCUUCAGUGAUUACAAUGACAGUCACAGUGAGAAUGAUAAUGAGUCCUGCUGUGAUGGCCCAAUCUGUGAUCAGGAGACUUCCAUGUACUUUGAUUCCAUUUUUAUUCCGGUCCUUUACUCUCUGGCGCUGGUAGUGGGGCUGGUGGGAAAUGGGCUGGUUUUGGUGGUACUGUGGAAGAAAAGGCUGAGCAUGAAUGUUUCUGAAAUCUUCAUCCUCCAUCUGAGCAUAGCUAACAUUCUGCUGCUGCUAACACUGCCCUUCUGGGCUGUACAUGCAGCGUAUGAUUGGAUCUUUGGCACAGUGCUCUGCAAAAUGACUGGAGCUCUGUUCAAGAUCAAUUUCUACUGUGGCAUUUUCAUGCUUUGCUGCAUCAGUGUUGACCGCUACCUGUCCAUCGUCCACGCAGUGCAGAUGUAUUCUCGUAGAAAGCCAAUAGUGACUCACUGUUGCUGCCUGAUGGUCUGGCUCUUCUGCCUUCUGCUCUCCAUUCCUGACUGGAUAUUUCUCAAGGACUACAAGGACUUCAGACGUCAGGAAAAGACAGAAUGUGCUACAUUUUAUCCGUCUGAUUCUUGGCAUCUGGCCACUCGUCUGCUCUAUAUGUUGGGGUUCAUUCUUCCAGCACUUAUAAUGAUGUUCUGUUAUUCUUGCAUCCUGCUGCGGCUGCGCCGUGGCUCCCAGUGCAAGCAGAAGAAGGGGGCCAUCCGUGUCAUCGUGGCUCUGGUAGUAGCCUUCUUCAUCCACUGGACGCCUUACAACAUCACCCUCAUUGUUGACACCAUACAAUCCAUCGAGGUCAUCGAUCCCAGUAACCAAACAUCCUGUGGGACCCUCACAUCGUUGGAUGUAGCUCUCACAGCUACUACUACAUUGGGCUACUUACACUGCUGUGUCCAUCCAGUGAUUUUUUAUGUGGGUCUGAUGUCACGGAAGAGCUUUCUGUGGUCAGAGUCCGUGGACAACUCACACACGUCUGGUUUCUGAAAUAUCGUAUGCCAUCAAACUAAUAUAUGUACAAUCAGUCAGAAUGUUAUUUUUUUCUGCAAACUUUAAUAUCUAUAUCAGUAUAAAGAGCACUUUGGUUGUAAUUAUAGAAUCAUGACAGUGAUUUUACGUAUGCAGACUACACAACAGACAUGAAUAUAUAAUAGAACUCUUGUUUAAUCUUGCUUUCAGAAAUUUCUCUUUGUGUUAGCAACUGUAUAUUCUCAACUGCGCUACAUUUUUAUGCAUAUCUGAUGCAUUACAGCACACAUAUUU